GGUUCACAGAGCUGGAGCCUGCAGAGUGAUCGGUCUCUCCUCAUCCUGAACGUCAGUCAGGGAGGCUCUGCUCUGCAAACUUCUCUCCUCUUCUGCCGCUCGCUGCUUCUCUCUGCUUCAUCCCUUCUUUUCCUCCAGCAUGGCCCCGACCCUCGCCACGGCCUUCGCCAGGCGCUGGUGGAUGGCAGUGACUGCCAUCGUGGAGAACCUGCUCUUCUCUGCUGUGCUGCUGGGAUGGGGGUCGCUCCUCAUCAUGCUGAAGUCAGAAGGCUUCUACUCCUACCUCUGCAAUGAGGACGACUCCUCAGGUAACAGCUCCAUCUACAACCUGUCCACGCCGACGUCCGAUGAGUACUCCGACUUGUUUGAAGACAGUGAACCAAACAUGGAACUGGGAGACGGGGUAGAGAUGAGGCCCCUGGCCCCGGAGGGGCCCCUGAAAAUGAAUGGCUGGCUGAUCUGUAAAGAACAGGACGAGAUGCUGAACCUUGCUUUCACUGUGGGCUCCUUCCUGCUGUCUGCCAUCACGCUGCCGCUGGGGAUCGUCAUGGACAAAUAUGGGCCUCGAAAGCUUCGGCUGCUGGGCAGCACAUGCUUUGCGUUUUCCUGCCUUCUGAUUGCGUACGGAGCCUACAAACCAAACGAACUGUCUGUCCUCAUCUUCAUUGCCCUGACUUUCAAUGGCUUCGGGGGCAUGUGCAUGACCUUCACCUCCCUCACACUCCCCAACAUGUUUGGAGACCUCCGCUCAACCUUCAUAGCCCUGAUGAUUGGCUCCUACGCCUCCUCUGCUGUCACCUUUCCUGGUGUAAAGGUCAUCUAUGAUUUGGGCAUACCUUUCAUUACCAUCCUGGUGGUGUGGGCUGCCUGUGCUGGACUGGUCUUCUUCAACUGCUUCUUCAACUGGCCUCUGGAGCCUUUCCCAGGACCAGAAGACAUGGACUACACCGUAAAGAUCAAGUUUAGCUGGCUGGGCUUCGACCAUAAAAUCACAGGGAAGCAGUUCUACAGACAGGUGACCACAGUGGGCCGUCGGCUGAGCGUCAGCAACAACGUGAAGCAGAAGGAGGUGGUCAGCAAAGAUGGACGCAACCUCUGCCUCUCCACUACGGACCUGGAAAUGGACUGCAAGCCACAGGAAGAAUCUGAGUCCUUCCUGAAGAGCAUCAUGAGCCCGAUCUUCCUGCUCAGCGCUCUGACCAUGUGCAUCACUCAGCUUCGCCUGCUCUUCUACAUGGGAGCCAUGAACAGUGUCCUGGAGUCUCUCUGUGACGGAGACCUCAGUACAGUGAGUCUCUACUCCUCCAUUUUCGGCGUGCUGCAGCUGCUUUGCCUGAUGACCACCCCUGUGAUUGGUCAGAUCAUGGACUGGAAAUUGAAGGACUGUGAUGAUGGCGAAGACGACAAGGAGCCCUUCAGCAAGGGGGAAACAAAGCGCAGAGACAGAAAGACCCAGAAGGUGACCAACGCCCUGCGAGCGUUCGUCCUCACAAACCUGCUGCUGGUGGGAUUUGGAAUCACCUGCUUGAUACCCAACCUGCCGCUACAGAUUGUGUCUUUCAUCCUACACACCGUGGUGAGAGGAUUCAUCCACUCUGCAGUCGGAGGUCUUUAUGCUGCUGUAUAUCCAUCUUCACAGUUUGGCAGUUUGACUGGGAUGCAGUCUCUGGUCAGUGCAGUUUUUGCUCUCCUGCAGCAACCCCUGUUUUUGGCCAUGAUGGGACCUCUGGGAGGAGAUCCAUUCUGGGUUAACAUCGGGCUCUUUGCUCUCAGUAUGCUGGGCUUCUUGCUGCCUCUCUACUUGAUCUGCUAUAGACGGACGCUUCAUCGACAGCAACUGCAGAAAGCUGAAAACGCCAAGGUGUACAUCAAAAUCAACGGCUCCGACAUCCCAGAAGCCUUCGUUUAGUGGACGGAGGAAACGGAGAACAGAAACACAAGAAGAUGCUGAGAAAAAUGGGCACGCUGAUAGUACAAGCAUCAGAAAUGAAUCCAUAAAAAGGCCCACCUUAAAUAAACCAUCCGUCACACAACUUCCAUAUUUGGAAAUUUUAAAGUAGGAAAACUACUGAAACGUGAAAGUUGUCCCAAAGAAUGAACAGUUGGAGAUUUGAAGCAUGAAGGAAGUAAAGAGCAAAAGAGGAAAAACUGUGAAAGGAAAGCGGCAGCAGCCGUCUGUAUUCCCCCAAAUCCUUUGAACUCUUUGUUACUCCUUCCCUUCUUUCCAGCAUUUAGACUGCUCCCUCUUGGUCCAAACGAGCAGAAAACUGUUGCAUGUCCGGCCUGCAAAAGCACUAACCAGCCUGAAAUGUUAAAUGUUAAAUGUUAAAAUGGUGUUGGGAGUAGAAACCUGUUGCUGAUGUUUCUCAGACGAGCAGAACAGCCCGAUCGUGGAUCUGUUGCCAGGCUAACAUCUGAGGACACUGAAGAUUUGAAGUAUUUCUAUUUUACUGGACAAUUGUCAGUAUUUGUGUUCAAAACCAUUAGACAAACUAGCUUAUUUUGCUAAAAAGUAACUGUCAAUGUGUGUUUAGAGUAUUUAUUUUUAUUUUAUUCUAUAGAGAUUUACACUUAACAAAGGUGCCUUUUGAAUGUACUUUUGUGCAGAAGUGACCAUUCAACAUCAGUAAAACUAUAGCCUCCCCUUGGAUUGUUUGGUGCAAACUGUAUUUAUUUUAUCUUAUCAUUCAGAUGCGUUCGCUUGAGUCAGUUGUUCCUCCAGUUCGUCUGCCAGCUGAUCGUAAAGAGAAAAACAGCACUUUUACCACCUUUUCUGCACGAGCUCAGUUCAUGCUGGCACGUUCUCCUAACGCUGCUCUUUACCUUUAAUGGUCAGAAAUGUAUUCAUUUUGCUCUUCCAUCAUACAUUUCUUGGUGUGUUCAAACUGUGCAGCAGAUGUCUUGUCCUGUACUGUUUUGUGUGGUCAGAAGCUCUUUUACUGUCGCUAAGAAUAAAGUGGUGUCUAUGUUCAAUGUGGAAGAGUUUGUGAGAUUAAUAAUAAAAGUUUUGCUUUUUUUCCAC